AUGGGAAACAGUCUAAGGUGCUGUUUGGCUUGUGUUCUUCCUUGUGGAGCAUUAGAUUUGAUCCGAAUAGUACACUUGAAUGGGCACGUAGAAGAAAUUACACGGCCAAUAACAGCUGCUGAGGCUCUCAAAGACUACCCAAAUCAUGCUUUAAGUAAACCCUGUUCCCAUGGAAAUAACAUGGUUCGUCGGAUUUUGAUCUUGUCACCUGAAACAGAGCUCAAAAGGGGUAGCAUUUAUUUCUUGAUCCCAGCCAAUUCGAAGAAGAAAGCUUCAAUUAAAAAAACCCCCAAAUAUAAAAGCAAGAAAUUAUGUCGUCAUACCAAUAUAUCAGCAGAUCAUUGUGAUUCAUAUAUUACAUCGGAGAAGAAGUCGUCGUCCCGUCAUGAGCGCCGGAGAAGUGGAAUCACUGUAUGGACGCCUCAUCUUGAGAGUAUUUAUGAGGAUUAA